AUGGACGUUGACGAAAGUGCCAGUGGAGUACUACUUCCGUUACGCGUUAAGAGAAGUCUACACGAAGAGAAAAUCGUAUCAGCUGACGAUACUGUUAAGGAGGCCGAUAUGAUACUAAUUCCGGAUGAACAAAUACCAAUAGAAAAUGAAAUUUCGAUAACAGAUGAUUCUGAACACAAUACUGAAGACGCGACGGUCUCUGAUAUUUUCGAUGAAAUAGGACAUUCACCAUUUGAAACUGUAAAAGAAUGCAAACCUAAUGAACUGUAUCUUUUAGAAGAUGAAGAUGUCGAUUUAGCAAGGCGAGUAGGGUUAAUUCGAGGAUCUAAAGUUGACAGAAUACCGAUCAUACCUGACAGAAAAGCUAUGAGGGUACUUCUACGUCAUAUAUAUGACGUCAGUGGAGAAGUGUACGACGACAUUCCAGCAAAGUAUCGUACGUCCCACAUCAGUCUAGCACUUUACCUCAAAUUAUGUAUACGAUCCCCAUGGAGCAGAAUGAAAUCCAUUGGCCAAGGCCAGCUGUAA